AGACAGUGAUGGAUACGAGGACGGCGACAGCUGAGCUUGGCUGGAUAUCGUUUCCUGCCAAUGGAUGGGAGGAGGUGAGCGGCUACGAUGAGAACCUUAACACCAUCCGGACGUACCAGGUGUGCAACGUGUUCGAGCCGAGCCAGAACAACUGGCUGCUCACCACCUACAUUGACCGGCGGGCGGCACAGCGCAUCUACGUGGAGAUCCGCUUCACCGUACGGGAUUGUGCUUCCAUACCAAGUGUCCUGGGCUCCUGCAAGGAGACGUUUAAUCUCUACUACCUAGAAACUGAUAGGACUGUGUCAGAGGGCAUCAAAGGUGUGGAGUAUUGGGCKAAUGCCCCCUUUUUAAAGGUGGACACCAUUGCAGCAGAUGAGAGUUUCUCCCAGGUGGAUUUCGGGGGCAGACUAAUGAAGGUGAACACAGAAGUAAGAAGUUUUGGGCCACUGUCCAAAGGCAGAGGAUUCCACUUGGCUUUCCAGGAUCUGGGCGCCUGCAUGUCCCUUCUGGCUGUUAGAGUGUUCUACAAGAAAUGUCCCAGCAUCGUGCAGAACUUUGCUUCUUUCCCCGAGACACUGACGGGAGCAGAGUCCACCUCCUUGGUUAUCGCCAGAGGAAGCUGCAUCCCAAAUGCAGAGGAGGUGGACGUUCCCAUAAAGCUCUACUGUAACGGAGAUGGAGAGUGGAUGGUGCCCAUUGGCAGCUGCAGCUGCAAGGCAGGCUACGAACCGGACAACAGCAACGUGUGUCGAGCUUGUCCUCAGGGCACCUUUAAGUCRUCCCAAGGGCCAGGAUUAUGUCAGCAGUGUCCGCUCAACAGCCGCUCCACCAUCGAGGCCGCCACCCUCUGUGGUUGCCGGAACGGAUACUACCGCGGGGACAUGGACAAACCGGAGGACAUGUGCACCAGUGUUCCCUCAGCUCCUCGCAACGUGGUGUCGGUGGUGAACCAGACGUCGGUGCUCCUGGAGUGGAACCCACCUCGUGACACCGGGCACCGCGGCGACUUGUCUUAUAACGUGGUUUGCCGGCGGUGCCACAUCACCGAGCGGCGGGCGUGCCAACCAUGUGACGACAGCGUGGUGUUCACUCCGGGGAAGGAGGCGCUGAAAGGAAACCGGGUCGAGAUCAGCAAGCUGCGGGCUCACUCGUCGUACACSUUUGACAUCCAGGCAGUCAACGGAGUGUCCAAUAAGAGUCCUUAUCCCGCCCAGCAGCUGUCAAUCAACAUUACAACCAAUCAAGCWGCUCCCUCGGUAGUUCCCAUAAUGCACCAAGUGAGCUCGACGAGCCGUAGCUUCUCGUUGUCAUGGCCACCGCCCGAACAGCCCAACGGGAUCAUCCUUGACUACGAGAUUAGAUACUACGACAAGUUCCAAUCAUCAGUGCUGAACAGCUCUGUGGUCCAGAGCGAUAUACCUAAUGUGGUCCUUGAAGGUCUCAGGCCUGGAACUGGCUAUGUGGUCCAGGUGAGGGCCCGAACUGUGGCUGGCUAYGGAUCCUACAGCAAGGAGAUGCUCUUCCAAACUCUCACUGACGAUGAGUACAAAUCAGAGCUUGGACAACAGCUCUCCUUGAUUGCUGGUUCUUUAGUAGGCGGAGUGUGUAUCGUCUCAUUGGUAGCUAUUGCCAUCAUCUGUACCAGGAGGAGGCAACUGAAGGAGAGUGUGUUUGGGGACAAGUUGCAGCAGUACAACACAGGAGGAGAAGUAACUCUGAGACCCGACAUGUUCAGUGGAACCACCCCCACAGUGACCUUUCCCACCCUGUCUGAGGGCCGGAGUUCACCCGGGGUCAAGAUCUAUAUCGACCCUUUCACCUACGAAGACCCUAAUGAGGCAGUCCGGGAGUUUGCCAAAGAAAUCGACCCCUCUUGUGUUAAAAUAGAGGAAGUUAUCGGAUCAGGUGAGUUUGGGGAGGUGUACAAAGGUCGCCUGAAACCCAUUGGGAAGAAGGAAAUUCCUGUGGCCAUCAAGACCUUAAAAGUGGGCUACUCUGAGAGGCAGAGGAGAGACUUUCUGGCCGAGGCUUCGAUCAUGGGCCAAUUCGACCAGCCCAACAUUAUCAGACUGGAGGGCGUGGUCACCAAGAGCAGACCUACGAUGAUCAUCACAGAGUUUAUGGAGAACGGAGCUCUCGACUCAUUUCUCAGGCAAAAUGACGGGCAGUUCCCAGUAAUCCAGCUGGUCGGGAUGCUGAGGGGCAUCGCAUCUGGAAUGAGGUACCUGGCGGAGAUGAGUUAUGUUCACCGGGACCUGGCAGCAAGAAACAUUUUGGUUAACAGUAACCUGGUGUGCAAAGUGUCCGACUUCGGCUUGUCGCGUUAUCUGGAGGAGGAUACCUCCGAUCCCACCUACACCAGCUCACUGGGAGGUAAAAUCCCGGUGCGGUGGACGGCUCCGGAGGCGAUCGCCUACAGGAAAUUCACUUCGGCUUCAGAUGUCUGGAGUUACGGGAUCGUCACCUGGGAGGUGAUGUCUUACGGAGAGAGACCUUACUGGGACAUGAGCAACCAAGAUAGAUCUGCAGAGGAUUGGAGUGUCUCUUGCCGGACACCAGAAGAAAAUACUGACCAGCGUCCAGUCGAUGAGGCACCACGGUGACGACCAGUCUCCUACUGAAUCUGUGUAGCCUCACGGAGACGUGACGCUGCAUGGAAAAACGGGACCAGUGUGAGCGAACAGGCUGUUCUUCCACACUUCUGUUUCAGCCACAGAAACCCAAGUUUACCACUUCUGAAGAGUCUUCAUUUCACAACCAUCGGGGCUGUUUUGAUGAAUGGUUGGAUCUGUCUCAGACGUAAAACUCGAGGCUUUUAUCCACCAAAAUUGGGGAAAAUCUCCUGAAAUUUAAUGUACCAGGAUUAUUUGCUACACAAACUUUAAAAAAAAAAACACACACACACAACAUUGGGGAAAAUUAAAAACUGCUGAGUUAAAAAUCACCCAAACUCUGCUUGCAGGACAGCUUUGAUUUCACUGAGCUCCACAAGCCAUCUGCACCUGACUGAUUAAAGGAAGACAGGGUGAGUUUUCUUGAAUAAAAAAAAAAGACAAACACGCUGAAGAUGCUACGACUGGAUAAACUGGACCAAAAGUUGGACACGAAAAWGUCUCUGGAUGCAAGACGAGCUCUUGUUUCUUCCAGCAUGUUGUGUUUGUGAGUACUUCAAUGUGUUUGUGAAAAUUGCUACAAUUUGAAUCUGGAGUUUGUUUUUUGUUUUUUUAAAUGGGACCUUUUGCGAUCUAUCUUCACAUUGAAGAGUCUGUACAUAGUUAUAUUUGGAAAGUUUUAUUUUCCUCCUGCUCCUGCUCAUUUAUUUGAACUUUUGUCCAAAAGUACCGUUUUACUGAAGUAUUUGUGACCUUUUAAGUGAUAAUCUCUACUUGACUCAUCACUGGCACAAACUUUGAMGUGUUUGUCGACUGUAGAUAAAAAAAAAAUCCUUUUCAUUCAUUCUGACAGCCCGGCUGACCUAAACUGCUUAAUUCAGAAAGAACUUACCCCUAAUUUACACUACAUGUGUUCCGGCUCCGCUCCGCUCCGGUCCGACCUCUGCAGCAAAUACACACCCGUUAUAAACAAUGAGAGUGUUUACACUGGCUGUGCACGGCGGUGGUGAGCGGACGACGAUCCGGCAAAAUUARACCAGAUCCUAUUUUUGCCGGACGACGGAGCAGCGCCGGAGUCAAUUUUUAAAGAUUACGUCGCACCAACAGGAAGAGA